AUGAAGCUUUCACGUCUCGUAUGUUUAUGGUCUCUGGUAAGUACGGAAGUGUUUGGCACUUCUGACAUCCAGGACACAGUAUACAACUAUGAAAAAAGCAUCGCAUACAUUCACAUUCAAGAUUCCAGCAUCAGCAAUGACACUAUUAUUCCGUUACCGUUCAAUGCUAAAUACACAUCCGGUUCUUUGGUCAAUAGUACCUUCUCCACCCCUGGUAACUCCUGCGAGCUUAUAUCUGCCAACAGCAGUUUAUACUCUGUGUGUUCCAGUGACAGUUCGGAUAUAGAGUUAUUUUUGCUCAAUGCUACCUCUCAAAAAUGGACCGAACUCCAACUUGGUGACUCCGUACCUCUCUUUGAAGGUUCAUCUUACAUGAAUACAUUUGAUGAUCCUCUUUCUUUGUAUAUUUUUGGAGGCUACGACUCUGACAAUGAAGAGAUCUCAGACAGAAUGCUUCGAGUUGAUUUGGACAAACUCACUGUGAGUAAUUUUAGUACUUCUGUGAAACCAUCAUCUUUCUACGGUGCUUCAUCCUUAAAGAUUAACUUCAAUACGGAACUCUUAGUUGGCGGUAAAGUCAGCAGCGGCUGGAUAGGAAUGACGCAGUUGGCUUUAUGGCAAUAUGGAUCGUGGGCAUUUAAAUCUGUCAGUAUUCCAGAAGAUGAUGUCAUUAAUGCCCGUGUCCAACCCCUACUUCUACCCGUUUUUGACAGUACACGUUAUCAAUUGGAGACUACUUCCUCCAACUUUUCUAGCUUCAGUGUGGAUUCUGUCAUGAUGCUAGGAGGUCAGUUGAUGGGUAAUUCCAGUAACCCAGAUUUUGUCUCUCUAAAUAUGUCCGAUAAUAGUUGGCAAUGGACACCAUUAGAUACCGAUGUCAGCCUUUCCAAUUCUCGUGUCAACAGCAAGUAUGACGAUAACUUGUCAUUGGAUGAAAUUCUAGGUGCGGCAACCCUAUAUGACACCCUUAUUGUGAUCGCCGAUAAUGCUGGAAAACCCGUCAAUAGUUCGCAAACGGAGACAAAUACCGUUUCCAAAAGGUCUCAAUCUUACUACAUUAAGCUAUAUGACACGUCUACCCUUGAGGCAUUGAAUACCGUUGAUUACUCGUCGCUAGCCAGUACUGGGAAAAAGAAAAGUUCCAAAGAGACUAGUAAGAGUGCUGUCAUAGCAUUAUCUACUAUCAUUCCUAUCCUAGUGAUAAUCAUAGCUGCAGUCAUUGGUUUCUUAUUGUAUAAGAGAUAUAAGAAAAGAAAGGAAGAAGAAGCCAAUGAAAAGGAGAUCAAGGACAUCAUGGAGUUUUACAAGUCAUCCGGUAAUCAGUUCAGCAGUUCGUAUUCCUCGCUUGGUUCCGAUAUAACGGAAAAGGCAAGAGCUUCUGAAGAGAGUACACUAGAUGGGGACGCUGAAGAGAAUGAUGUUGACAGUGACAUAAUUGAGAUUAAUAAUUAUGAUGACAAUGAUAACUUGUCAAUCACCUCAUGGAGAAGAAAGAGGAAGUUAUAUGAGAAACAGAGGAAGACAAGACUGCGAAGCGGUGGGGGUUCCUUAAUGAGACAUAUCUCUAUUAUGUCUUCACAACUUGGUAUGUCAUUGAGAAGGUCCUUCUCAUACCAAUCUUCUGUUGCUACUGAACUCAGUACUGUUCCGGAUUCUGGUUAUCAAGAUGACUUUUCUGACAACGGCUUGCCCGAAAGCCCAAUCAGAAGGCCAUCAUCAACAUAUUCGCCAAGCUUGAAACAUAAUCAAAGCAAUUCAGCGCUAUAUCUCAUCCCUGAAGAUUCUUCUGUAUCACCAUUGAGAAGUUCGCACCGUUUCAAGUCUCCAGUGUCUGGUACUCCUGAAGGAUCCCCUGGUAUUCUUCCUACUCAACAGUUGGAAGAGCAUCGACAACAAAAAGAGCUUUCUUCAGUGGCACGCCAGCUACGGUUCAAUGCUCCAUCGAAGCAGGGUAGCAGGUCAAUGAGUCGGUCCACAAGUAGACAAAGUAGGCCAACAAGUCGGUCUUCCAGUAGGCCUAGUUCUCCUUCUAAAUUUUGGAGAAAGUAUGAUCCCUUCACGCAAAUAUCUGACAAUAAGAAAGAGCCAGAUGAAAAUAUGGACGUUCAAAUCUUGGUGAGUUCAAAGAGAAGAUCAAAGCUUCGAGUGACAAAUCCAGAUUUAGACGAUGAUCUAGGUGAUAUUGACGAGUUUGCAGUGGUGAAAAAUGAAUCAGAGGCAAGAGAUGCUUCAAUGGAAGCACUGAAGGGAGAGACGCAGCAAGAUUCUGUGGAAGCUACUGCUAGCUCGGUAUCAGAUUCGGAUGUAAGGCUAAGGCACGUUAGCGAUGAGAGCAAGAGUAAGGACGAGAGCUCAUACAAAUAA